AUGAAGAGAAACUCUGACAUUGCAGCUCUUGCAAGGAUUCACACCGCUUCAAAGACGAGUUACGCGAUGAGUGAGAGUGGUAAAGAGCGGGAAACCAGAGCACAAUUCGUGAAAGAACCCGAAGCGCGGCUUGGAGGCGAAACAAAUAAGGUUUUGCGGAGUGCAAUGAAGCAUCAUGGUGCUAGAGGCAAAGACAGAGGCGCUAGUGAGCAAGAAGGAGACGAGGAGGCAGUAGAGUCGUCGCCACUGCUGACCUCGACGCCGCCUACGGUGUCAAAGGCAUUGGUGAGACUAUAUCCAUAUCUGAUAAUAGCAGACAAGGUACUGAGCAUCACAACAUGGACCAACGAUGAUAUUUGGCCAAGCGUUCUGGUGGUGACGGGCUACAUCACAGCGGUGCUCUAUUUUCAGAACAUGCUGCGGUUUUUCGGACAUUUGGUGCUGGUGGGAACCCUAUGGUGCUACUCGUUGUUGGAUUCCUUUGUGGAGGAUUCAAUCAAAGAAAAACCAACGCUGGAUGAUAUAGUCCAGGUGAUAACACGCGUAAACGCCAAGGCAGAUCUAUUGCUUUCACCAAUUGCAGUUUUGACCGGUAACGAUAUCAAAAGACUACUGUUCACGACUAUUUUUUUGUCGCCCUUGUAUGUGAUCAUCACAUUGUUCAUCUUCCCACCGCGUCGUCUGCUAUUGUUCGCCGGGGUGUAUUUACUGACGUACCACUCGUCAUGGUCAAUAGUGAGCCGAAAGCUUUUGUGGAGAUUCAAACUGGUAAGGCUACUGGUGUUUUACGUCACCGGUUUGGACUUGAGCGGUGCCAAUAAAAGUCAGGGCAUCUUUGCAGCGGUUCAGAACAAAGUGAAAAAGCUGUCCUCGCAUAGAAGCAGUACAGACGAAGGAAAGCCCACCAGGUUUACUUAUGUGCUUUACGAGAACCAGAGGAGAUGGCUGGGUAUUGGCUGGACUUCUAACAUGUUGAGCUACGAAAGAGCGCCCUGGACAGACGAGUUCAUAAAUGAGGCUCCAUCUCCGGAGCAGUUCAAACUUCCGGAGGAAAAUAUGGGGAUGUCUUGGAGAUGGGUAGACAGGACCUGGAGACUUGACAUGACCAACGACGGCGCUAUCCAGCCGCCUAGCUCGCGACCCAGGACUACAGCUCAGCCUAAUUCUGACGAUGGAUACAUUUACUAUGAUAAUACGUGGAAGAAACCCUCGACCGAGGACUCGUUUUCAAAGUACACCAGACGCAGACGCUGGAUCAGGACUGCCGAAUUAAUUGGGGGCGACAAAUACGAAGUCAAUACCACAACUUCUACAACCAGCACUGCAGCUGUGGCCGCUCAGCCGGUAGACGCUACUGGUACGGUAAUUGCCAAGACAGAAGGUACAGAGGCGUCUUCUUCAAUCUUGGAAAACGUGAAGGAGCUUGAGUCAUACAAACGCAAAGUGUCAUUCAAUGAGCAGGAUGACGUGCAUAUUAUCCCGCGAUCGAAGGAGGCCGAUUUCAGAAGAUCUUCACAGGCACUAAUCGACGAUAGCGACAACGACGACAGUUCCCAACGAGAUCAAGGAAAGUACCAGACCGCGGCGGUGGUCGAUAGGCGGAAACUCUCAACCGGGGACGAGCCUGUGCAAGGUGCUACUCUCAAUGAUACCACAGCGCUCGAGACCAAGAAAGACGCAUAG